AUUUCCAUCUUUUCUAGCACAUUGAUCAACAGCAUGGCAAUAGGAAACCUAUCAGAUAGGACAGAAUUCCUGCUCCUGGGACUCUCACAGGAUCCAGAACUGCAGCCCCUUCUCUUUGGGAUUUUCCUGACCAUAUACCUGAUCACUGCAGCUGGGAACCUGCUCAUCAUCCUGGCGAUCAUCUUUGACUCUCACCUCCACACCCCCAUGUACUUCUUCCUCUCCAACCUGUCCUUUACUGACUUCUGUUUCAGCACCACCAUAAUCCCCAAGAUGAUGGUGAACAUCCAGACCCAGGACAAGUCCAUCAGUUACAUAGGCUGCCUCACUCAGAUAUGCUUUGUCCUGACUUUUGCUGGGCUGGAAAACGGAAUUCUAGUUAUGAUGGCUUAUGAUCGAUUUGUGGCCAUCUGCCACCCACUGAGAUACACGGCCAUUAUGAAUAUCAAACUCUGUGCACUUACGGUUGUAUUGUCCUUUGUCAUUAGUGUUCUGGAUGCCCUCCUCCACACGUUGAUGGCAUUGCGGCUGUCCUUCUGCACAGAUAUUCAAAUCCCCCACUACUUCUGUGAAUUAGCUCAGCUUCUCAAACUUGCUUGUUCGGAUAUUCUCAUCAAUAACAUCUUGGUUUAUGUAGUGACCAGUCUUUUGGGAGUUAUUCCUCUCUGUGGAAUAAUUUUUUCUUACACUCAAAUUGUCUCCUCUGUUAUAAAAAUUCCAUCAGCUAGUGGAAAGUAUAAGGCCUUUUCGAUUUGUGGAUCACACUUAAUAGUUGUUUGCUUAUUCUAUGGGACAGGUUUUGGGGUGUACCUUAGUUCUUCAGGUAGCCACUCCUCUCCGAAGAGUGCAAUAGCCUCCAUAAUGUACACUGUGGUCACCCCGAUGAUGAACCCUUUUAUCUACAGUCUCAGGAACAAGGACAUGAUGGAGGCUUUGGGGAAGCUCCUCUCUAGAACACUUUCUUUCCAUUGA